UUUUUUACUCAUAAAUAAAUCAAAUGAACAAAACGUAGGAAAUCUUAAUUAAGACUGCAAUUUAGUGAAGCGCCCGGCUAGUGAUAAUCUUAUCGGGUCUCAGCAACAUGCUCACCAGCAUUGUAAAUAAGGCACCAGAGAGUCAUCAACCAAGGUAGGCCGUUAAUUAGAAGACAGUAUUUGUACAACAGUUAAACCAUGCGCUUCACUUUGGGAGUACUAUCGGUGGUAAUUUUACUACUGACUGUGACAGAGUCACGGGCCAAUGUCGCUAUGGGAAAGGAACUCGCAAAGGAUCAGCAUGUGAGGGACUCGGUGAAAUUUUAUGUUUACACUAGACAAAAUCGAGAUGUGCCGCAAUCACUGGAGGCGAAUGUGGAGUCGGUGGUGAGGAAUGUUAUCGAUACCACCAAACCUACCACCCUCUUCAUUCCCCAUAUGCAAAGUGACUUUGGCAGCGAUGAAUGUAAUGUCAUUAAGGAUGCCAAACUACAAUUGGAGGAUGGCAAUGUUAUUGUAGUGGACUAUAGCGAAUCAAUCACCAACUCUGGGGAUUUUGAAAGCAUUGUUUCUUUAAUGCCACACAUCGCAGAGGCCAUUGGUGAGUUGGUGAUGCUUUUGAAGCACAACUUCGAUUUCAGUCUUGAGCAUUUGCAUGUGGUGGGCUUUAGUUUGGGGGGACACAUUAGUGGCAUUACCGCUCAAUAUCUCCACCAGAGUUUGGGCGAACGAAUCCCACGCAUUACAGCUUUGGAUCCCGCAGGAAUUUAUUUUACUGCCAACACACCAUCGGAUCAACGUCUAUCCUCAGAUGAUGCAGAAUUUGUUGAGGUUGUGCACACAAAUGCCGGCCAACAGGGGUUUCUCUCAACCUGCGGCCAUGUGGACUACUAUCCGAAUGGUGGCACAUUGCAGCCGGGUUGCGAUGAAAAGGAUAUGGCAUGCUCCCAUGAAAGGGCUUACCAGCUUAUACCAGAAAUGUGGUUGCCUUUGGAGAAUCACGAGCUAUUGAUUUUAAAGUGUCCUUCGCUGGAUUAUUUGGGUAUGGACUAUUGUCGUUGGCUGAGCAACAAAAUGGGAGAUUUGCAGCAACGUCCCAAGGACGGUGUCUAUUAUGUGGAAACCAAUUCGGUAAAACCUUAUGGCAAAGGAGCAUUUUUGGUGGAAUUUUUUUAAAAAAACCUAUUAAAAGGAAUUGUCCUUUCCCAAAAAAAAAAAAAAAAAUA